UGCAAAGGUAUAAAUACAAACACCACCCUCUUCUCUUUCCCUCCAUUUUCAUUCUAACUUUCAGUUUCUAACCGCAACAAUAAAAAUUCAUCAACAAUGGGAAGAAGACCGGCUAGAUGUUACCGUCAGAUAAAGAACAAACCGUAUCCAAAAUCCCGAUUCUGCCGCGGAGUUCCCGAUCCAAAGAUCCGAAUCUACGACGUGGGAAUGAAGAAAAAAGGCGUAGACGAGUUUCCUUUCUGCGUUCAUCUGGUAUCAUGGGAGAAAGAAAACGUUUCUAGCGAAGCGUUGGAGGCAGCGAGAAUUGCUUGCAACAAGUACAUGUCGAAGUUUGCUGGAAAAGACGCGUUUCAUUUGCGUGUGAGGGUUCAUCCUUUUCAUGUGUUGAGGAUCAAUAAGAUGCUGUCGUGCGCUGGGGCGGAUAGGUUGCAGACCGGGAUGAGAGGCGCGUUUGGGAAGCCGUUGGGGACGUGUGCUAGGGUGAGUAUUGGGCAGGUGCUGUUGAGUGUUAGGUGUAAGAGUGGUAAUGGUGUUCAUGCUCAAGAGGCGCUUCGUCGUGCUAAGUUUAAGUUCCCUGGUCGUCAGAAGAUUAUUGUUAGUCGAAAGUGGGGUUUUACUAAAUUGGAUCAAGAAGAGUACUUGAAGUUGAAAUCUGAGAACAGAAUUGUGGCCGAUGGUGUAAAUGCUAAGGUUCUUGGGUGCCAUGGACCUUUGGCGAAUCGCCAGCCAGGAAGAGCUUUCUUGCCAAUGUCUGCUUAGACAUGAAAUUAUUUCAACCUGCUCAAUAUGGAUGUUUCUAAUGAUCAGUGAUUACAUACACUGUGAUUAAUUAAUAGCAUAUAUAUGUAUUUAAUUUUUGUGUAUUCAAGUGUCUUUCCAGCACUUUCCAAGAUGUCUGGGGUAUGAGAGAUACAAAUUUAAUGUAUCUAACUUUUAAUUAUGUAAUGUUAUUGUUGGAACAAUAUUAAAUAAAGUGUUUUUUUUU